AUGUGCGGCUGGCCGCUGCUCCUGCUUUGGGGGCUGCUCCCCGGCGCAGCGGCGGCGGGGGGCUUGGGCCGGGCCCUCCCGCACCGCACCCUUCUCGACUCCGAGGGCAAGUACUGGCUGAGCUGGGGCCCCCGGGGCGGCCGGCUCGCCUUCCGCCUCGAGGUGCGCACCGCCGGCUACGUGGGCUUCGGCUUCUCGCCCACCGGGGCCAUGGCCGGGGCGGACAUCGUCGUGGGCGGCGUGGCCCACGGGCGGCCCUACCUGCAGGAUUAUUUUACAAAUGCAAAUAGAGAGUUGAAAAAAGAUGCUCAACAAGAUUACCACCUGGAAUAUGCCAUGGAAAAUAGCACCCACACAGUAAUUGAAUUUACCAGAGAGCCGCAUACAUGUGACAUCAAUGACAAGAGUAUAACGGAGAGCACUGUGAGAGUGAUCUGGGCGUACCACCAUGAAGAUGUGGGAGAAGCCGGCCCCAAGUACCAUGACUCUAAUCGUGGCACCAAGAGUCUACGGCUGUUGAAUCCUGAGAAAACCAACGUGUUAUCUACAGCCUUAGGAUACUUUGACCUGGUGAAUCAGGACGUCCCCAUCCCAAACAAAGGUACAACCUAUUGGUGCCAAAUGUUUAAGAUUCCUGUGUUCCAAGAAAAGCAUCAUGUGAUAAAGGUGGAGCCGCUGAUACAGAGAGGCCACGAGAGUCUGGUCCACCACAUCCUGCUCUAUCAGUGCAGCAGCAGCUUUAACGACAGUGUCCUGGACUAUGGCCACGAAUGCUACCACCCUAACAUGCCCGAUGCCUUCCUCACCUGCGAGACCGUUAUUUUUGCCUGGGCCAUUGGUGGAGAGGGUUUUUCCUAUCCACCUCAUGUUGGAUUAUCCCUUGGCACUCCGUUAGAUCCUCGUUAUGUGCUCCUGGAGGUCCAUUAUGACAAUCCGACUUAUAAGGAGGGCUUAAUAGAUAAUUCUGGACUGAGGUUAUUUCAUACAGCAGACAUAAGGAAGUACGAUGCUGGGGUGAUCGAGGCUGGCCUCUGGGUAAGCCUCUUCCACACCAUCCCUCCAGGGAUGCCUGAAUUUCGAUCCGAGGGUCACUGCACUCUGGAAUGCCUACAAGAGGCUCUGGAAGCCGAGAAGCCAAGCGGAAUCCAUGUGUUUGCUGUUCUUCUCCAUGCUCACCUGGCUGGCAGGGGCAUCAGGCUCCGUCAUUUUCGCAAAGGGGAGGAAAUGAGAUUACUGGCUUAUGAUGAUGAUUUUGACUUCAAUUUCCAGGAGUUUCAGUAUCUAAGGGAAGAACAAACAAUCUUACCAGGAGAUAAUCUAAUUACCGAGUGUCGUUACAACACAAAAGAUAGAGCCCGGAUGACUUGGGGAGGAUUAAGCACCAGGAAUGAAAUGUGUCUCUCAUACCUUCUUUAUUACCCAAGAAUUAAUCUUACUCGGUGUGCAAGUAUUCCAGACAUUAUGGAACAACUUCAGUUCAUUGGUGUUAAGGAGAUCUAUAGGCCAGUCACGACCUGGCCUUUCAUUAUCAAAAGCCCCAAGCAGUAUAAAAACCUUUCUUUCAUGGAUGCAAUGAAUAAGUUUAAAUGGGCUAAAAAGGAAGGUCUUUCCUUCAACAAGCUUGUCCUUAGCUUGCCAGUGAACGUGAGAUGCUCCAAGACAGACAAUGCAGAGUGGUCGAUUCAAGGGAUGACAGCGCUACCUCCCCACGUGGAAAGACCGUAUAAAGCAGAGCCUUUGGUGUGUGGAGCCUCUUCUUCCUCUUCCGUGCACAGAAAUCGCUCUUUUGAGCUUCUCGUGGGCUUCAUGGCACUCAGUAGCUUGCUGCACAGCACACGCUUAUGGUCAUCAUUCUGUGCCUGGGGACGAUGUUUCCUGUGAUCCGAGCGUGUGGGUUAAAGACACUGUGGGCACGAAGAGAGAGCAUGAGGCAUGUGGAGAACUUCGGUCACACACUCCCUUCCUCUCUGCAUCCAUCCUUCCCCGUCUACCUGAGAGAUGUUGACUGGGUUCUCUCCUUUUGCUCAGAUGUGUCUGGUCACAUGUAUCUGCUGCCAAUAAAGCAAAACUAGACUGACUUAACACAACCUUUUUAACAAUUUGGACAAAGUCAGGUGGAAGAGUUCUUUAUUUCCUUCCAUGUUUCAUUUUAUUUAAAGACUCAUUAUCAUUAUUUUACUUUUUCUUUGGUGAUAUGGCUUCCAGAUUCCUUUCUUAAAAUGCUUUCAUCUUAAAAAUGUGAAAGAAAGUACGUUCUGUUCCACGUUUCAUCCUCUUUAUUGUUCUUUGGGUGUGACUUCCCCAGUGUAACAAUGGUCCAUUCUUUCCCUCAGUGUUAAUCCAGCUCUGCCCUUUCUGUGAAAACCCGAUGGACCCCUGACCUCAGUGCGUUUCACGGAUACCCAUUCUAGCCUCUUGGUUUAUCUGGGUCGACUAGUACUCCCGAACUACCCCAAACCCAUCUUAAAAUAAUUUCUUUUUCCUUCCCCACCCAGCAUUGGCCAGGUGAGUUUUUUUCUUGAGCUCUGUUACCCUCUAAAAAGAAAGAAGCUACGGGAAACACAGAAAUGGUAUAUAAUGGUUGUAGGCUGAGGAGAAAACAUAGCUGGCUGCAGACCCUGUGCUGUGAGGGGUCCUUCAUGAGGUUCCAGGUCAAAGGCCCAGUAAUUCGAGCCAGGCUAGGAGGGUGUGGGGUCCCUGUAGGACCUCACUGACCACAUUGGGUGUCACGCGUGAGGCAUCCUGGCUCAAUUUGAGUCAUAGUUGCUAUGGUAGAUUUAUUUUUAUAUUAACUAAUAAACUAACUUUCCUUAGUAAAGUCAUCACCAAUGGAAAAUCGUGUUUAGGUUCCCUUUGUGUAGUUCAGCCAAAUCUCAUUGUAUGUCCUUUCCUCAUUUCUUAAGCUAAGUCUGUUUGGAUCAUAUUAAUAAACUAAAUAAAAUUAAA